AGGCCAUGGCUGUCCCAGCCAAGAAGAGGAAGAUGAACUUUUCAGAGCGGGAGGUGGAGAUCAUCGUGGAGGAACUGGAAUUGAAGAAGCACCUGCUCGUGAACCACUUCAAUGCUGGGGUCCCUCUGGCUGCCAAGAGUGCGGCCUGGCAUGGCAUUCUGAGAAGGGUCAACGCUGUCGCCACCUGCCGAAGGGAGCUGCCCGAAGUCAAGAAGAAGUGGUCCGACCUCAAGACAGAGGUCCGUCGCAAGGUUGCCCAAGUCCGAGCUGCUGUAGAAGGAGGUGAGGCCCCAGGGCCCACAGAAGAAGAUGGAGCUGGUGUGCCUGGGACAGGCGGUGGCAGUGGUGGCAAUGGCACAGCCAUAGCUCCCGUACUCCUGACCCCUAUGCAACAGCGCAUCUGCAACCUGCUGGGUGAGGCCACCAUCAUCAGCCUCCCCAGUGCCACAGAGAUCCAUCCCGUGGCCCUUGGACCCACGGCCACUACAGCUGCAGCCACGGUCACCCUGACACAGAUCCCCACUGAGACCACCUAUCACACACUGGACGAGGGAGUGGUGGAGUACUGCACGGCUGCCGAGGCGCCUCAGCCCCUGCCCACGGAGGCCCCGGUGGAGGUGAUCACACAGCAUGCCGAGGCAUCCGUCAAACCGCAGGCUCUUAAGAGCCGCAUCGCCCUCAACUCGGCCAAGCUGAUCCAGGAGCAGCGGGUCACCAACCUACACAUCAAGGAGAUCGCCCAGCACCUGGAGCAGCAAAAUGACCUGCUACAGAUGAUCCGCCGUUCCCAGGAAGUGCAGGCCUGUGCCCAGGAGCGGCAGGCCCAGGCCAUGGAGGGCACUCAGGCAGCCCUGAGCGUCCUCAUCCAGGUCCUGCGGCCCAUGAUUAAAGAUUUCCGACGCUACAUGCAGAGUAACACACCCAGCCCAGCAGCCCCAGCGCCUGACCCUGCACAGGUGGGCCAGAAUGGGCAGCCAGACAGCAUCAUCCAGUGAGGCCAGGGGUGGAA